CUUCCUCCGGAAUCCAGAUACAAGUUACAACACGAGCUAGCGGAGACCAAAGCAGCGAAUAGAGAAAGGAGCGGAGAGAGAAAAUGUCAUCAUCGUCGAACGAUCCAAGGCAACCAUCGGCGGCGAAGCCAUACAGCAGAGCUCCUCAUGAUCUUCCGCCGGAACUUCCCGUCGAUUACUCCGGCUUCAUCGCCGUCAUAUGCGCUGUUGCUGGCGCCAUGUUCAGAUAUAAGUUGGGAUCUUGGCUUGCUAUAGUCUUUUGUGCUCAAUCAUUGGUGAACAUGAAAAAUAUGGAGAAUGAUCUUAAGCAGAUUUCCAUGGCCAUGAUGUUUGCUAUAAUGGGAUUGGUGACGAAUUACAUGGGGCCACGACCGUCGAUUUCAAAAACUUGAUAGUUUUUUUUCCUUGCUUACACUACAACUUUUGGAGAUCUUGUAGCAUCAGGAAGCUUUACUUUACUGUCACACUCAUUUUCCGUUUAGGUACAUUAAAUCAUUGUUGCUUGUUGAUUAUAUUGCCAUAUGAGGCGCAAUGGCCCCUUUUAUGCAACUGUUGCUCUACGGGCGAGUUUGACUGGAAUGGGAUAUUCUCAAUCUUGAAACUAUUGAAUGAAUUGUGUGUAGUUCUAAUUUCUAAA